CGUAUUACCAAAAAAUCACAAAAAAAAACAAAAUCACAGACAUCAUGGCAGCGGCAACAAAAACAACAAAAGUAAGCAAAUCACCGCUGCAACAUGAAAAGCCGCAGCAGCAACAUCACAGACGGCAGCAGCAGCAGCAGCAUCUUCAGUGGAGCCUUUGCAUUUUGAUAGUCGUGUUCGGAUUGUUUUCGCUGCUGGCAGGGAACUGUGUCAAUGGGCAAAUUGAUGGCUAUAUUGCUGGAGAGGAUUAUCCUGCCUAUGACUCAGUGCCCAAGGGUUUGGCUUUCAACUGCCAAGGACGUCAGCCUGGCUACUAUGCGGAUACAGAGACCCGUUGUCAGGUAUGGCAUUGGUGUCUCCACUCGGGCCACCAGUACUCGUUCCUCUGUCCCAAUGGAACAGUCUUCAACCAGGCCGUCAGAGUAUGCGAUUGGUGGUCGAACGUGAACUGCGCUGGAUCGGAGCAACUAUACCAGAACAAUGACGAACUGUAUCGCAUCCCCGAGCGCCAACAGGCGGCUAAUGAUGUAUGAUAUGAGGCCGAUGAUGAGUAUAAGAUUGGGACAGCAAACGGAACCAGACAGCGCGGCGGCAGACAGCGGCAAUUUCAAAAGCAACAACAGCAGCAACAGCAACAUCAGCAACAGCAAUCACUCAACAACAAUAUAAGCAGCAACAGAAUCGUAGAUAGCAGCAACUACAAUAAAAUGACCAAAAAUAGUUUUAGAGGUAGCAUGAGAUUUACCACACCAAGUACCAAUCCUCAAUCGUCAUACUCAUCAUCACAGCAGCAACAGCAACAGCAGCAACAGCAGCAGCAACAUCAGCAGUAUCAGCAACAUAAUUCUAGUAAAAAUAGCGAAAGGAAAUCAAAGCCUAGCAGUAGCAAUAAGCCCAAUAGAGUUAGCCAUAGAGAUAGGGAAAACCACCAAACUAGAUCUAGGAAUCGCACUAACAAUAGCACCCAGCCAGGCCAGAAGAGGAAGAAUCCCAACAGCAAUACUAACCCACAACAACACAGCAACAAUAACUCGCGAGGAAAACAGCGAUACAACACAAAUCGAUUCGAAAAUGAUGCAGAACUCAAGGACUACAAGAGCAAGAUCAAGAACAAAUACAACAUCGAUUAUGAUCAUUCUUUGGAUGAAGAAUAUGAAAUAAUUGAGGCCAUUGAAUGAGUAAAAAAAUAGCUUUGUUCUUGUUGUUGUUGUCUCACAAAAAAACUCUGAAAA